AAGAAACCAAUUUCCCCACCCGUACCAGAGCCAGAGAGAGAGAGAGAGAUCAAAUCUUAUUACACGGGAGAAAUGAAUGGGAAGUCCUCGUCAGGGGAGGGCAGAGAAAGUGAGACCAUUCAUUUGAGGAGAGAGAAGAUUUCAUUGUAUAAAGGAUUGAGGAGAGGGGAAGAGACUGUUCUAUUGGUAUUGGAACUGAGCAAAGAGAGAAACCCAGUCGAGAAUUUGAAGAGAAAGGAGAUCAUAUUCGCCAGAUUAAACUCAUAGAAGGCUUGAGAAGAGAGAGAUGAUAAUGGAGGAGUACUUGCCUGUUAUGGCACAACUCAUGGUUCAGUUCUCCCUUGCAGGGCUAUAUUUGAUGACCAAAGUGGCAUUUACAGAAGGAAUGAGCCCCUUAGUCCUCGUAGCUUACAGAACCAUUACUGCCACUUUGGUUCUAGCCCCCUUGGCUUACUUUAUAGAAAAAGACAAGAGGCCUCCAUUAAACCUCAGAACAGCCGGUGGGAUCUUCAUUCUUGCUUGCUUAGGGAUGGCCAUUAAUCAAAACUGCUAUUUCACUGCUCUCUACUACACCAGUUCCACCUUCGUUUCCACCAUAGCGAACCUCAUUCCAGCCAUCACUUUUGUUGUGGCGUUGCUCUUAAGGUUGGAGAGACUUGAUGUAAGGGGUAUAAGAGGGAGGGCAAAAGUUUUGGGGACAUUGACAUGUGUUGGGGGUGCCAUGAUAGUGACGCUUGUAAAGGGUCCUUCCAUUGUAAUCCUAAGAGGGCUCAAGGCUAACUUCCUUCUUGUCUCUCUCAUGGAUGCGAUCCACCCGUCCUCCCCUCAAAGUAACUGGACUUUGGGCCCAAUCUUUAUUUUGGCCAGCGUUUUGGCCUGGUCUGCAUGGCUCAAUUAUCAGGCAUGGGCAUUCAAGAAUUAUCCAGCUCAGUUAACCCUUACUGCACUGAUGUGCUUCAUGGCAAUAAUUCCAACGGCUGGGAUCGCCUUUAUCUUUGAAGAACAGAGCGCUUGGACAUUGAAAUGGGAUGUUCGUCUGUUGACCUAUAUUUACAGCGGCGUGCUGUGCACCGCUUUCCAAUUCUUCAUUCAAAGUUGGUGUAUAAAGAAGAAGGGACCCGUUUUUGCUGCUGCCUUCUUUCCCGUCUGCACCGUCAUUGUUUCCGUCUUGGAGCCCAUUAUCUUUCACGUUGACGUCCACGUUGGAAGUGUGGUGGGCAUAAUUGUAGUUAUUUGUGGCCUUUAUUUUGUGCUAUGGGGCAAAGCCAAGGAUGGCAUGAUAGAACAAAAGGGGACCGCGAAUAAUAAUGUGGCGAUAAGGAAUAACCCUACAAAUGGUGGGACAUGCUAUGUGCAUGUGGACUUGAAAGAACCUCUGCUGGACUGAGUGUUAAUGGGUUUGUAUGGGGGAGAUAAUGAAUGCCAUGGAAGUCCUCCAAGACCGAAAGGGCAGACAAUUAUACUGAGGAGGCUCACAAGCUUUUGGGUUGUCGUUCCAAAACUGGUUUCUACUUUUGAUUACCUUCUCUUUAUGGUACGGAAGCUUAUGUGUAAGAUUCAGGCUCCUAUAUGAGUGUUUUAUAUUUAUUUUUAUUUUUUGGAAAAAAUUUAUAUAAAGAUGCAACUUUAUACUGA